AACAGAUACAACGCAAAAACAAUUUUCUGCAGACAGGAUCAUCUCUGAUAUCUACGCCGCAUGCAUCCGGAAUAUGGAACCUUUGUCUUCCUCAAUACUCUGCGAAGAAGACAGAAGCUAGCGGCUGAAAUACAUGUUUAUAAUUAAAUUAUGAAUCUGCAUUUUUCAAAUGUGGAAGUGUUGAAUCGAUUAAAACUAACUAGCAGUAUCCGUUGAAGUCACUUCACGUAGAUGUGCAAUCGUUUUACGUAGAAGGCUUUGGAAGUAGUUUGUGUUCAUAUACUCCUUUCUGUUUGUAUUAUAUGUGUCAUUAGUAUAAAGAAUGCGAGGGACAUGGAUGUUGAUGAAGCAGGAGUAUGUCGCUGAAUAUGGCCCGUGUUUUAGCCUUUGCAAUUUUAUUGGUUCUGUUCUGUUUAUGCGGAUCAGCUGUUGGAAGUAGAGUAAAGUUGUUUGAAGCCAAGAAGGGUUCAUCUGCAGCUUCUGAUGAUGGCGUUUGUAGCUCGGUGGUUGCUCCUCAAGGAUACGUCUGUGAAGAACACACUGUGACUACUCAAGAUGGCUAUAUUCUCAGUAUGCAGCAUAUUCCAAAUGGACGGUCGGGUGUGAGUACAGGAAGCAAGCCACCAGUCCUGCUGCAACACGGGCUCCUGAUGGAUGCUAUAACAUGGUUGUUGAGUCCUCCAGACCAGUCGUUGGCAUUGCUCUUGGCUGAUAACGGUUUUGAUGUGUGGCUUACCAGUACCCGCGGAACUAAAUAUAGCCAGGGACACACUUCUCUCAGUACCAAUGACGCUGCUUAUUGGAAUUGGUCCUGGGAUGAAUUGGUAGCUUAUGACCUUCCAGCUACGUUUCAGUAUGUCAAUGAUCAAACAGGGCAGAAACUGCACUACGUUGGGCAUUCACUGGGAACAUUGACUGCCUUGAGUGCAUUCUCGAAAGGACAACUUGUUAGCAUGCUUCAAUCAGCUGCACUUCUUAGCCCGAUUGCUUAUGUUGGCCAAGUAACUUCCCCGCUAGCCACAAAUGCUGCUGAUGACUUUCUUGCAGAGGAUUUGAAGUGGCUGGGCAUUAAUGAAUUCAAUCCAAGGGGGGAUGCUGUACUCAAGCUUCUCAAGGAAAUCUGCGCAAAACCAGGUGUUGACUGCACAAACUUGCUCACAUCUUUCACAGGUCAGAAUUGCUGCCUAAAUUCUUCCGUGGUCGAUUUCUUUCUGACACACGAGCCUCAGCCAACAUCAACAAAGAACAUGGUUCACGUCGCUCAGAUGAUCAGAGACGGAACGAUACACAUGUACGAUUAUGGCAAUGCCGACGACAACAAUCAGCACUACGGGCAGUCCACUCCACCAAUUUACGACAUGUCAAGCAUUCCAAAUGACCUUCCUCUGUUCUUUGCCAACGGAGGGGCUGAUGCGCUUUCGGAUGUGAACGAUGUGCAGCUCUUGCACGACGACCUUAAAGAUCACGAUGCUGAUAAGAUGGUGUUCCAGUACCAAGAUGAUUAUGCUCAUGCAGAUUAUGUGAUGGCUGUGAAUGCUAAGCAAGUUGUGUAUAAUCCUCUCAUGGCUUUCUUUAGGCUUCAUCAGUGAUACUAACAUUACUGAACUGCAUUCUGUGUAAUUAAUUACCUUUGGCAUACAAUUUACAGAUUUUUAAUGUGCUUUUAGUGUUCGACUGUCGGCAUUUUGAUUUUAUUGCAAACAGUUGUGCCUCAUUCAUAAAUCGGAUAGACUUGUCUCGUGAA